CGGCGCCAUUUUACUGGAGGAAAGAAGAAGAGUGGCAGGAGCAGCUGUCAUUUUCCGCAGUUUCUCCCUUCCUACGCCACUUGGGAAGACGCUGCCGGUGUGGGACAGUGCAUGACGCAGCGGGGCACGCGGGGACACGAGGAAUGGCGUGCCUGAACACCUUAAAGCAGGAAAUAAGGGUACUGGAGGGCGCGUUUCCCAAGACGGAUCAGCUCUUCCAAGUUGUGUCUGCCAGUGUUGAUGAGCUCACCUGUCGGUUUAUCUCCAAGACGGGCAAGAAAUAUGACAUCCACGCCAACAUUACGGAGACCUACCCUCAUUCCCCUCCUGUCUGGUUUGCUGAGACAGAGGACACCAAUGUUACCAACGCCAUCGAGAGACUCAGCAACACCGUCGGCAAAGAUAACCAUGUACUACAACAGGUGAAGCUGCUGCUGAGGGAACUGACCACAGCGUUCAGCAUGGAGGAGCCGCCUGACCUGGAGGAUAGAUUGGACCUUGUUUCCGUGCCACAGGUCAUCAACGGACAUGACGUCACCGACCAUCAUGAGGAGUAUGAGGACUCAGAGAUGGAGGAGGAGGAGGAGGACAUGGAGGAGGACAUUCACCUGGAGAUGGAAGACAACACGUCCUCCCACGCAGCCCAGAAGGACGAGGACAUUCACCCAAGCCACAUGGCCACCCUGGACCGCCUCAAGGCCAACCAGCGACAGGACUACCUCCGCGGCUCCAUUUCCGGCUCUGUGCAGGCCACCGACCGACUCAUGAAGGAGCUUAGGGACAUCUACCGCUCAGACAGCUUCAAAAAGGGCGUGUACAGCGUGGAGUUGGUGAACGACAGUCUGUACGAGUGGAACGUGAAGCUUCUCAUUGUGGACUCUGACUCUCCGCUCCACAAUGACAUGGUUCAGCUGAAGGAGCGGGAGGGAAUGGACCACAUCCUCUUCAACUUCCACUUUAAGGAGAUGUACCCCUUUGAACCUCCCUUUGUGCGUGUAGUGCAGCCGGUCAUCAGCGGAGGCUACGUGCUGGUGGGCGGGGCAAUCUGUAUGGAGCUCCUCACUAAACAGGGAUGGAGCUCAGCCUACACUAUUGAGGCGGUGAUAAUGCAGAUAGCUGCCACGCUGGUCAAGGGCAAAGCUCGCAUCCAGUUUUCAGCCCAGAAGUCCGGCAAGAUUAGUGGAAGCAGCAAUCAGGGACAAUAUAGCUUGGCCAGGGCACAGCAGUCCUUUAAGUCACUCGUACAGAUUCACGAGAAGAAUGGCUGGUUCACCCCCCCUAAGGAGGACGGGUAAGGAGGUGAAGGGCCGGUCCUCGCCUCUGGCACCCCGCCCCCUCACCCCAUCUCCCCACGCCAGGCUGUUGUUGUCUGCUCUUCCACCACCACCACCUCCGACCCUUCUCGCCACCACCACCACCGCCACCACCACAGCGCCGCCAUCUCAUCCAGCUCGCCGUGACAUACACACACACAUGUACACAGACACACACACACACUCACAAGGCUUCAGUCAGUAGGAUUGGUGUUGAGGAGGAGGAGGAGUAGGUGUUGAUUGCACUUCAUAACAUGUCCUGGUAUGUUUUGUGUUUUUGUUCACUCACUUCUUCAUUUGUUCUGUUAGUGUUCUGUUCUAUGGCCCGGUCUAAGAGGCAGCGGCUUGUUCUGUCUGUCUCUUCACACACACACACAUAUGUAUCCUGGUUUCUUCCUCUUCCUCCUCUGCUGGCCACACAUGUCACACUUCCACAGUCUCUCCAUUCCCAAUCAUCAUUAUUACUGUACCAGAUGUGCAUAUGUUUCUUUUCUCUUCCACCACCACCACCACCGCCGCCGCUGCCGCCACCGCCACCCUCUCUCAUUUUAUAUAUAUACGUAUACAUAUAUUUUUGUGUUCUCUCUCGGACAUUUUUUCACACACUGACUAUAGAUUGUAAAGUCCUCGCACUGUAUAUUUUCCUGCACCCACCACCACCACCUCCACCACCACCACCACCACCACCACCACCACUAUCACCUCCACCACCACCACCACACCACCACCACUACCACCACCACACCCCUUCUGAUGGCAACAGCAUUAGCGGAUCUGUGAGCUGAAAUUAACCAUUACCUCUGCCUUGCCAAGUGUCUGUUAAGUUAGUCAGUGUUGUGUUUGGAGAGAGAGAGAGAGAGAGAGAGAGAGAGAGAGAGAGAGUUUAAAGAACAGGACAGGAUUUGAAAUGGAGGCAAAAGAUACAAGACUGUACAAAUUUUCACAGUUAUUGGUCAAGAGGGGGGAAGAGGUUGAUGUUUUCUUGCAGUCAUUUUACCAAACCACUCUGUUCAUGGACGAUUAAUAUCUUUUUAUUUCCUCUUUGAUUUCUGUGUUGUCUUAACUUUUUGUACGACAGUGUAUCAUCAUCUCAUGCCAGACGUUUCGACAUUUUGGACUUGAAAAAAAGAUUGGACUAAUGUAAAUCUUACCACUAUUUGUUGCCAGUGUCUCUUCAUCACAGUCAUCACCACCACUGCUCACAUCAUCAUAAUCAUCAUCACCAUUCCUUAUUUUCUCUUUCUAGGUAAGGAUUCUUGAUAAAGUUAUUUGCAUCUCAGGUUGGCCGUGUAAUCAAAACAUUCGCCUAAACACAGCUCGCCACUAAGACAACUAAAACCGCAACAAAAAACAACAGUGAUAAUAGCAACAACAACAAUGAUAGCAAGAAGUGUAGCCAUGAUGACCAUUCUGAAUGUGUCAUAGAGUUUAGAAAAUCCACAAAAACAAAAAAAAAUACUACAAAACAAAAAAAAUAAAAUAAAAUAAAACAACAACAGGAAGGACUAUUUUAUCAUGGCUGCUGACUUUAUCUUAGAAUUGAGAAAAAUCCAUAAAAUUACAAAAAAAAAUGGGAAAACUUAAAAUUUUUAUCACUGUAGAGUCGAGAACAAUCUAUACAACAACAACAACAACAACAACAGCAAAACUUUUAACUUUCAUCAUCUGACAGUUAACAAACUCACAAAAACGACAAUAACAAAAACUGCAAGUGUCAUAUCAUUGGUGACUCCAGUGACAAGGAGCUACAGGCAGAGUAAAUGUAUCACUAGUUUAACCCAAGUGCUUUUUACAAGUGGCUCUGUUUGAUAACAUUUCUGAGGUGCAUUCUGUCUUGUUUCCACACAACUUGAAAUAUAAACAGACAGAUAAUUGAGAGAGAGAGAGAGAAAGAGAGAGAGAGAGAGAGAGAGGAAACAUACUAGCUAUAUAUAUAUAUAUCUGUUUUGUGUUGUGUUUUACCGCAAAUAAAGAUACAAAACAUGAAAGUGAAACGA